AUGGGUACGGAUGAAUACGUCGAGGUGGCGCACAACCUUCCUCGAACGUGGAGCCGUCGACUGAAGAUGAAGCGUUUCAAAAGCCUCAAGACAAAGUACCCGGAGCCAGACGAAGCCACGGCCUGGACCUACGUCAAGGCGUACUUUGAAGAGUCCUACGACGCCGUGUUUGGGACGGUACAUCGACCGAGUUUCGAGAGUCGCCUGCGUGCUCAUUUCGCUCGGGCUGACGACUCCCCUCAGACCCACGACGCUCCUUGGUUCGCGUUGCGCAACACCGUCUACGCAUCCGGAUGUAGGGCUCUGCUUUCCAAAAACACCUCGGUAUCAUUCAUCGCCGCAAACACCAAAAGUCACCAAUACUUCAUGAAUGCAAUGUCGGUGUUUGGUGAAAUGUUAUUUGGUCGGUCUGGGUUUACUGCGCUACAGGCGAUUGUCCUUAUGGGCUUCUACGCAGAGGUGUUGGGAAGUCCCGCCAUCGAAUAUCCUCUAGCCAGUAACGCCGUACAACUGGCACUGGCGAGAGGCCUUCACCGCUCUCCGGCACGAUCGUGGAACCUGCCCGAAGCGGACGUCUUGACGAGGAACUGGCUAUGGUGGACCAUUUAUUGCCUCGAAAAACAAAUCGUGUUUCGUAGCGGGAGGCCCUCUCUCAUCGACGACGAAAACAUCAGUACCCCUAUCCCGACCAAGGCACCCCCAGGUAGUACCAUCGACGUCGAGACGUUGACAUUGAUCGUCAAGCACGCUCAAAUCUCCAGCCAAAUCUCCCGACGGAUCAUGUCCGUCAAAGCUCCCCGUCAACCAGUGACCAAAGCCAUUCAGACGAUCCAAGACAUCCACCAACAACUCGAGACACUUUUCGAGUCGAUCCCGUCGUGUCUGAAGGAGAAGGAUAAUUAUCCGUCUACCGCCCGUCGGAACCAAAGCAUCUACCUUCAUUUCGCCAUCUGGGGAAGUUUCAUGGCAACUCACAUAAUGUUCUUUUACCCUUGGUUCUCGGCGAGGUACCAUCACCACGAUGUACAGCACGGUGGCGGCGACGUCGACCCAGACCAUCCGGCUUCGGAAAAGUUGGACUCGAUGAUACAGGACCAGAUCAAAAGGUCGGCCGAGGUGGUGGCCAACGCGGCCAGAAAGAUCAUCUUGACCGCGAGGGCCACCACGACUGACGCAAACACCCCCAUGUGGUUGGCCUUUUACUAUCCGAUUUACGCCCACGCGAAUCUUUUGGUUUACGUCCUGAUGGACCCUUCGAGGGAAACCGCGGCGGGGGAUUUGGCUUUACUGGACGUGUGCGCAGGUCACUUUGCUUUCAUCGAACUCAUCACCGAUUCGGAGAUUUCUUUUCACUUCCCCCGUGAUUCGGUCGCUCUCUGUUCCAAGACCGUCAGGGCCGCGGCGGCGAGGAAGACAAACAUUGACGGAGUCGAAGUCGUCGAUAGUACAACACAAGAUAAUAACGUCACUUGCCCUACUACUCCUCAAGCCACAAAUCGCGUGGGUGGGAUGGGUGUAACGGGAGAUGGUUUGAUCCAGUUCGGAGACGUCGACACUGGUGGUGGUGACUUCGAUCCUCCUCGGUCUAUACCUUCGACUGACAUGUUUGAUGUCAUGGAUUUUGAUAUCGGGGCGUUUGAUAUCUUUUCUUCCAUAGACAUAUGUGAUGACCUAGUUGACCCAGCAUUGACUGGAUUAUUUGAUUGA